CUUCAUUUAGGUUUAGUCUUUGCUUGCAAGUGGAGCUGGAGAAGAUGAAAAAGGAGCAACCUUCGUCGUCUUAUCGGAAUUUAUCGGUGUCUGGAGGAUCGGAGGCGGUUCUGCUUGUGAAUCUGGAGAAUGAGACAGGAGAAUUGACGAAUGAGAUGAAUUUUUCGAGAGGUCUUUCACUGGAGAAGAGUAUUUCUCCGGUGGCUAAUACUUUGGUCCGAUUCAGUUACAGCGAACUCCUCUCCGCCACACGAAAUUUCUCAAAACGUAGAGUGUUGGGAAGAGGAGCUUGUAGCUAUGUGUUUAAGGGAAGAAUCGGGAUUUGGCGUAAAGCCGUAGCCAUCAAAAGACUUGAUAAAAAAGAUAAAGAAUCACCAAAGUCGUUUUGCAGAGAGUUGAUGAUUGCAAGCUCUCUUAAAUGCCCUAACGUUGUGCCUCUGCUAGGGUUCUGUAUUGAUCCCGAUCAAGGGCUUUUCUUGGUGUACAAGUAUGUCUCUGGUGGCAGCCUCGAACGCUUUUUACAUGAUAAGAAGAAAAAGAAGGGUAGGAAGACCCCCUUGAAUCUCCCUUGGUCUACAAGAUACAAGGUUGCCUUGGGUAUUGCAGAUGCCAUAGCCUAUUUACAUCAUGGCACAGAGCAAUGUGUUGUUCAUAGAGACAUCAAACCCUCAAAUAUUCUUCUUUCCUCAAACAAAAUUCCAAAGUUGUGUGAUUUUGGGUUGGCGACUUGGACCGCUGCACCUUCGGUUCAUUUCCUCUGUAAAACCGUGAAAGGAACUUUCGGUUAUCUAGCUCCUGAGUAUUUCCAACACGGCAAGAUAUCUGACAAGACCGAUGUUUACGCAUUUGGAGUCGUGUUGCUUGAGCUAAUAACUGGUCGGAAGCCAAUUGAAGCAAGAAGACCAUCUGGUGAAGAAAAUUUGGUAGUUUGGGCAAAACCGUUGUUACAUAGAGGGAUUGAAGCUAUAGAGGAGUUGCUUGAUUCCAGGCUGAAAUGUACAAGAAAGAAUUCGGUUUCGAUGGAGCGUAUGAUCCGAGCUGCAGCGGCCUGUGUGAUCAAUGAGGAGUCGCGAAGACCGGGGAUGAAGGAGAUACUUUCAAUCCUAAAAGGCGGUGAAGGGAUAGAACUAAGGGCGUUUUCAAGCCGAAAAAAAUCAAAUCUUCCGGGUAUGAUGGAUUGUUAUCCGCAGUUGCAGCGGACAAAAUCUGAGAUGAAGAGUCAUCUUACGCUUGCGAUGCUCGGAGUAACGGAAUUUGAAGAUGAUGAUCUUUUGUAAGGAAUGUAACAGUCCGGAGAAAUGGUAUAAAACAAUAAAAAGGUGGUAAGUGUAGAUAAUAGAUAUCAAUGUAAAUGUUUAUUGAGAUACCCGGUUAAGAUUUUGUUUCCGGUUUGGGUAUUGAGAGAGCCGAUUCUUCUGGUUUGGUUCAUAAUCGUAAAUAAAAAGAAAAAUGUUUG